CCACUUGGCUGUGGAGUGUUCGUGUCAGGCUCGAUCGUUUAACUUGCAUUUUUAACUUGUUUCUCAGUACCAUAUCAAUCGUAACUAUCUGGUGGGAAAAUUGCAAUAUUCAUUUUUUUUUUCUGCUGGACUGUCAUAGAGCGAAGAAAGGCGGACCCCUGCUCGAGGAAGCGGUGUAGUGCUAACACUGUUAGCCUAACAGUCAAGAUAUAUUUUUGAACAGAAUGCCUUCAUUUUCAGAGAACUGCUUGUGUCCCAGGUCUGGAAACAAGGAGCUGUGCAUGUCAGAGUGUACCGAGCAACAGAAAAUUAGUGGUUUUAGUCAAUGUGUCCAAGAAAGUAUGGAUGACAGAACUGAGGUUUCUAAGAACACCAUCAUUGCCUGCUCAGUGGAAGAAACUGGAGACAGACACUUAUAUGAAGAACCAUCAUUCAGUAAUAAUGACAUUUUCAAGAGCAGCAAACUAGUCACUAUCUGUGAAGAAAAAGUUCCUAUACAAGAAAGUUGUGCAUCAACAAGUGCACAUUACUCAUCAGUUUUUGUGUUUGAGGAGGGUCAAAAAGCUGAUAAUUACAAUGAGAUGACCACUCAUCAAGAUGACGUCAUAUCACAAGAUCCUUGCAUGCAUCUUCAGCCAGACAGUUUAUACUGUAAUGAUUUCAUUCAGUUUGAUGCACAAAAAUUUGCGUUGCAGAAUAAUAUCUUUCACCCUGAGCCCUAUAUUCUUGAUUGUAAUCAGCCUAUUGAUCUUGGAAACAAAAUAAGUGGACAUUCUGAGAAGGGAACACAGUGCAAUCUACAGAACAGAGUUAAUGUCAAGAAGUUGAAAAAGAAUUCAGGUGAAAGUGUGAAUUUACUGAAUGUAAACAAAGAAAAUGAAACCAAGUUCCUGUCUACUUCAUACACCAAACAAACAACUGAGAAUUUUACCAAGCCAGUUCCUGUUACAUAUAAUGACUGUUUUGGGAAGGAUGUAAACACUCGCAGUUCCACAGCAGAUACAUGUAUACCUUCAGACUCAAACGUGAAACGAAAGGAUAAGAAAUCUCCUCUGCGUUAUCCACUUCCUUCCAGCAGUAUGCAGGAAACAAAUACUUCUGUGAUGAAGAAAAAUUACCAGGGCAUGAAACUUCAGAAUCAUGCCAACCCAGCAACGUAUGAAAGUUCUAAAGAAAUUAUUUACCAGACUACAGAAAUAUAUUCCAGAAAUAUGAGAGAGAGAAAGAGGAAAGGACAUUCUAGACAUGUGCAUCCAGGUGGCAAUUUAGAUGGUGAUAAGGACUGUAAAACAAGACAGUGCCAAACAGAUCUCAGUAAUGUUAAAGAGAAUGUUAAAGAUAAGCGUAGAGCAAAGAAAAAUAAAUUUAUGGCAAGCAAACGUGGAACAAAUAAGGCGGCUGCUUUGUCUCCUGAAGUAUGUUAUAAAAGCAGGUCAAAAUCAUUGGCAAUUUCACAAAUCUGGAAAAAGAAGCCUGUAAUGGGUGUCCUUAUCAACCUUUUGCAUGUCGUUAAACAUAUUUCUUUUUGUUUCAAAUCUAGGCUCAAUGCCUUGCUUCUAAUUUACUGCAUUGUAACAGUACUGGGAAGCUCUUUUGCUGAGUGUCAGCACAUGAAGUCUUCACUCAUUACAAUGGCUGAAAAAGCUCAGACUGCAUGCUCUGGACACAGUGCUGAAGUACAAUUCCCUAUACUGGACAACAUGACGGGCUUAGUCACUGUAAAGCAAAACCUGAAGGUUAUAUUACAUAUGAACACCAGCAAUAUCACUAAAUGUGUACAGCAUUCAGUUUUUGCAAAGAACUACAGCUUUUGUGAGAGGAACAAGUCUCUCUAUGUCUUAAAGAUACCUUCAGCAUCUGAGCAACAUAAUGUGACCUUCAGACUGGAAUAUGGGAUUAGUUCUCAGACACACCAGAAGUUGCAUUUAAUAGAGUGUAAGGGCAUAUCCACUACAGCUCUUCCCAACGAUAGUGCUGUUCCCAGCAGUUUACAAGAUUUUUACCAGAACGUCAAUGCAACUACAACUCCAGAUGCAAAAAGGUUACACAUAGCAGCUUUUAUCCUGCCUUUAUUGGUCAUAAUUUGCCUCAUUUAUUAUUGCUGCAGGGCAAGACAAUUUAUCAGUAAAACUCUUCAAAGAUGCCUAUUCCAUAUCCCCAGCUCUCCACGUGUCCAGAACAGACCAGCUGCAAAUGAAUCAACUGGAAAUGGCCAUACACCCAUUUUCCUUCUUGAAGAACAACAAAUGAAUCCGGAUGCAAGUACAACUAAUGGAUAUAUCAGUGAAUCUCAGUCCAGCUCUAGUCAUUGUCCAUUCAAGAAGAAGUUGAUGAAGUUCAGUAGUUACAAACAGUCUUCAGGAGCAGACAGAAGUGUGGUGUAGUUGUUAGGAAAAUGAAAGCACAUAGCACCACAAAAUACCAACUGAUUUCCAGAGCAGAAAUUAUUUAGCAGCCCUUAAUGCCACAUUAGUUCCAAAUCAUGAAUUGUUUUCGCUGGAGAUGUUUUUGUACAAGGGUCAUUGGCAAAUAAUGAAGUUGCAAAUAUGUGACAUUUCCUUAUGUUCAAAUGAGACACAGCUAGCAGAUACAGUUGUAGAUUCAGUGAUGUAAAUGAAAAGUCAGUUUCCCACUUUUUACAUAAUUUCAUAAUAAAAUACAACCAGAUGCAGACGUUCGUAUCAGACAGUCAAAAAGACUGUAGUAAAGAGGACUACAAAAGUGUAGAACCAUAGUAAUGGUGUUUACUGCAUAUUAUUGUUUGAUUCUAGUACAAAAUGUGUCAUAUAAUAGCAAUAAUUGUUAGUACUCCAUAAGUAUGUUCACAAAUGCCUUAUGUAAAACUCAAUUUUGAUACUUGUUUUACUCAGUAAUGCAUAGUAUCCCACCUGAGAAAGAAUGUGUGGAAAGUGAGUCUGGUUAUUUUUUUAGUUUUUGAAAUAUGAUCAUUGGCAGACUUACAGCAUAGCUGUGAUCUGAUGUGUGCCACUUUCUUUCUUAUUAAGGCAUCCUGUGUUUUCCACUGCUGUGAAAGUGAAUUACUACAAGCCAUGGAGGCUUACAGUACCACUUUUAUUAUUUUGUUUCAUGAAUGCAUUACAUUAGUAUUGCUUUGAUGAUUACUAGAGCUAAUUUAACUGUUAGUCUGUGGAACCUGUACUGAAAAGACACAGCUGCAGUCACUUCACAUACUUAAAAUUGUAGAUGUUCAUCGGGCAUACAGCUGCAGUAAUCACAGAUGGGUUCUCUGCCGUCAGGCGGGUCCUCGG